CCCACAUGUUGCCUCUCUGUUUUUGUUCUGUUACUCGAUCAGCUGAUCAACUAUGGAAACUUCAAUCCUAAACGCGGCACACGAAAAACAAAGAAGAGCAGAUGCAUUGUUGCAAGAAGGUCGUUUUGAAGAGGCAGCCAAGUGUCAUGAAACAGUAGCCAGUCUCUUAGAAGAAGCACAUGUACAACUUGAAUCUAAUUUUUUUAAUUUGAAAACUUCCCGUUUAUCUAGUCAACCACCACCAUUCACACCAUUUACACCACCAUUUGUAAUCUCUUCUUUUCAAUCAUUUAUUACUUUGGAAUCUCUUGCUCUUCAACGUGAUUAUCAUAAAAGACAAGCUGCUGUAGUUAGAAUGAAACAAGCUCAAUACGAAGAGUACAAAGCCACAUUGGAAAACCAAAGAAAAGAAAUUCUUAGCAAACAAGUAUCUAAACAAGUUGAAAAGGAUACAUCUGAGUUUACAAGUGAUAAAUUUGAUGGGUCUCUACGGCAAGCUAUAUAUAGAACAAUCGAAGAGCAGGAUAGCCUUUUAACUUUAAUCUCAUUACCUAAUAGCGAAGAAAAAGCUUUUAAAUAUCCAAAGGAUGCUAGUACCGUUAUCGAAGAACUGAAAACUGCUAAUUGCCAAUUGCGUUGUCUAGUUGGGAGCUUGCUAAACCAAUUGGAGGCAAAAGAAGAAGAAGUGAGGCAAUUGACCGAACAACUUCACGCUGCUAACCUUAAUGAUGAAAGUAGAUUAGACAAUGCUUUAAGACUUGCACCUCUGCCACCUUUAACUCCUCUAGAAAUGCCUCUUUUUGACUUUACGUCAACAUAAAGUAUUAUGCGAUGAGUGUGAUUUUUUUUAUUGAAAUUUUUCAUCAAAUAAGAUGUAAAAACGAUUAUAUAUAUAUAUAUUAUAUAUAUAUAUAUAUAUAAAUGAAAUCAGAUCUGUAAUAGUACAAAGAUUAACGCGAAUAUUGCUGCAGUAUUCAAUUUCUUACCGCAGAAUUUUAAAGUUUAAGUGUGCUAUAAAUAUAAUAUUUUAUAACCUUGAUAAAAAAUAAUUAUAUAACCACACUGACGAAUAGCGUAUUAGUACUUAUUCUCGUUCGUUUAGUAUCGUUCAAAGGGAUCAAAAUACAUAUCAGUUACAUAGAAGCGAUAUAAAAAAAAAAAAAAAAAGAAAAUCCUGUAUUUAGUUUAUGAGUGAAAUUUGCAAUAUCAUGCGUCUAUAUAUGUAUAUGAAUAAUAAAGCAGUUGAUUUAUCGAUUAAAAUACUGCCAUUUAUUAUUAGAUGUUUGUAGAUAGAGACAAAAUAGUACAAUAAGUACAUACGUUUAUCCUGGAAUUGUACAAAGUUGUAAAAACUAUACCUAACCGUUGUUAAUCCGCAAUACCGUUGCAAUUGCGUGUUUCGGUUUGUUCUAGAAGUUACUCUUGAAUAUGCAGUGGCCGUUUGAAAAACUUUGUUAUUUAUCAUGUAACGUUGCGCAAUAAACAAUCUACCGAAUCUACGAAA